AUGCCAAGACGAAUCACGUGGAAGGCUGUCAUUGCAUUUUCCAACCAUGCCCGGAACUCUUGGCUUGGCACACAACCCACAUGGAAAUUUGAUGCAAAGUUGCGACCUGUGAAAGUUGACUUCGACAUCGCCGACGACCAUCCCUUCGCCUAUCCCACAGUCAAGAUGGUCCGUUACGCCGCCGUCGACCGCAUUCCCUCGGCCAAAUCGGCUCGAAGCCGUGGCAGCUACCUCCGUGUCAGCUUCAAGAACACCCGCGAGACCGCCCAGGCCAUCAACGGCUGGAAACUCCAGCGCGCCGUCAAGUACCUCGAGAAUGUCCAAGAGUUGAAGGAGGCUGUGCCUAUGCGAAGAUAUGCUGGAAGCACUGGCCGAAGCGCACAAGGCAAGCAAUUCGGAGUGUCCAAAGCCCGUCACCCAGUCAAGUCUGCCGAGUUCCUUCUUGGUCUGCUCAAGAACGCCGAGGCCAAUGCCGACACCAAGGGUCUCGACACCUCCAACCUGAUCGUCAAGCACAUCCAAGUCAACCAAGCACCAAAGCAGCGUCGCCGAACAUACCGUGCCCACGGUCGUAUCAACCCAUACAUGUCCAACCCAUGCCACGUUGAAUUGAUCCUGACCGAGGCUGAUGAGGCCGUCACCAAGGCCGAGGACUUGAGCGUUUCCAAGGGAAGCAGACUGAAUGCCAGACAACGGGGUGCUCAGCGACGGAGAGCCAUUGCUUCCUCUUAA